AUGAAUUACGACCGAAUAAACCUACUAUCACAUUAUUCGCCAGCCGAGGCUGACUGGGGUAUAGAGGAAACCUUUCCACCUCGGAACCGCUUCAAUUCUACCACUACAAGCGAGUUUUCUCAACCUCCUCCAAUACGAUACCCUGAUUUUGGUCGCCGAUCUCCUUCCCUUUCGACUGGCCACUAUGGUUUUCUUUCUGAUCAAGACUUCUUUUCAUAUGCGCAGACGAAGCCUUCGCUAUCGCCAACCACAGAAAACUUUCACAAAUACAUCACCCACUACCUCUCGUCACACGAAAGGUCCUCUCAGAUUGUGGAGAAGUUCAGGUACAAUCUUAUCAUUUCGAACUUGUUGGAUGAUACUUUGGUUCUUUCGAAAAACGAGCUGGCCCUCAAUGAUCUUGUUCGAAUCAGAGCAUCGGUGGAUGCGCCCAUGCAUGACCGCUUGGCUAAGCAGUUCAAUUUUGAUGGCACUGAGCUCAUUGUCACAAAUAAACGCUACCAACUCAAGGUGCCUAAUGCAUACAGAGACCCCAGUGUAACUGUGCGUUCCAUUUGGUUAAUCGUGUUCCUCAUGAAGCAGAAUUUGAAAUCGAGGUCAAAUCUUUCAGCGUCUUCAAAACUCAAACUCUUCAAAAUUCUCUUAAUUGUGUCUACAAGGAUUUUGAAGUACAGAAGAGCUGCUUCCAUUAUUGGCGCCUCGCGCACUCUCCGAGCACUAGACGAUUUCAUGAUCUCGAAUUGCAAAAUCAACAAGGCACUUAUCACCAAUAUGAUAACCAUAAAGGAGUUUGAGAUGUUCAUUUUCCUCAACAAGUCCGAUUCCAAGAUCGUCAAUGCGACCUACUCGAGAGAUUUGAAGUUUCAUGUGAAUACUGCCCUAGUUUGUCUUACUCUCAAUGUCAGACACUCAAUACGGCGUUUGUUACCCUUAUCAAAUGGUGAAAUUUUGGAAAAGUACUGCCAUAUUAAUAAUAUUCAACUCGGGUCAAUUUUUGCGGGCCCAGAGACUAUGGAAGAGGAGGAAAUCACUCUCGAUGUUCUCACAUCAAAAUUGAACUAUUUCAACAAUUUGAGGCGCUUUUUUAUUUGUCAAUUAUUGACCAUCCAUGAUGUUCCACUCCAGAAUUUCUUCAUCUUGAAGUUGUAUGACUGUUUCAAUUUGCAUGAAUCAUCACAAAGAUCAUACUCUGCUGCUAACAGACUUAAUGUCUUGGAGCACGUUUUCAGCGAGCAUACCUCAGCACUUGAACAGAUUUUAGUGCUCAAUGACAACUUCAGAGGCUUACAUAAUCCUCAACACACCACUGAUUACGCUAACGACAAUGUGUUGACAAAGAGGUCAUAUGGCACUGAGAAGAAUGACUAUGUUUUCGCUUCUGACACUGAACUCAAUUUGAAUAAUCUCAUCAAUAAGUUGCAUGACUUGACUACCAGUUUGAAAUACUUCAAGAAGUACAGUCAGUCGAUCUCUGAAAUCAAUGAUGCUGAAGAGUACGACGAGAAGCUAACUAUUUUCAAGCUGUUCAACGAUGAACUUAAAGCGUCCUUCGAAGUUUACAAGACUUGUUUGGGUGAGUAUCAAGCUGAGUUCAGUCUGAAGUUUGAGAACCGAUCACCUUCGUCGUCGCAGUCAAAUUCACAGCGCAGUUCAUACAAUAGCAAUGAUCAUUUUAGCUUGAAAUCAUUCCACACUUCAAGCAGUGCUAGGAAACGAAACUCGCCGAUACAGCUAGCCGAGACUGCGAAAGACUUGCGGGGCGGGUCUUUGAAAGUCUCUGAUAAAAAAUCAAAACGUAUGUCAACCGGACUUCUGCUCAGUCUUUUGACCGUCCUUGAGGAACCACGUGGUUCUGGGCUUGCAUCCCCUCGAGAAAAAGUGAUUUCUAAUGGACUAACACUGCCAUCAGGGCGUGAUUCUUAUAAUCAAUCGGCAUUGGAUGCAUUGACCAAGAAGAUCGGCAUCAGAAAUCCAAGUAACAGGUUUUCUAUAAACUCGCUUAAUUCCAAUAUAUCCGGAAUUUCGGAGUUGAUAGCCUCGACACAUAUAACUACUGACGAAGAUGAUAUUGAUAGACCCAAAGGAAACGUUGAACUCACUCAGGAAAUGACUAAAGAAGAUCUUAAGAAGAAGCUUGAAGAAAGCUUUUCCAGAAUCUACAACUUGGAAAACGAAAAUCAAGAACUCAAAAGUAAAACAUUUACUGACGUUGAUUGUGAGAAUGAGGAACUUGAAAGAACAGAAGGAUUUGGAGUAAGAGAUAUUGACUUCACCAAGCAAUUGGAAAGGACCCUCGAGAAAGGUCACACCUCAUAA